AACUUUCGGAUUCUGCGGUCGACAAGAAACCGGGGCGACCCUCAGCAAAUCUUCCCGGUGCAGGUUGGGGGGAACUGAGUGGGGCGGGAUAAAUGAGUAGCCUGGGGGGCCAAGACCGAGAGGGCGGCGGGCUCGAAGGACCCGCGAGCGCGCGUGGAGGGAAGAGAGGAUGUGGCCCAGGGAUUCCCCGCAAGGAUCCCGAGACCGGGAAAUCGGCCCGAGCCGAAGUCUCAGCACCUUCCCCGGGAUCUUACAAAGUUGCAACAACAAAAAAGGAGGGGGGAGGAAAGGGGGAGGGGGUGGAAUAGGGAUACGAUCGCAGGCGCAAGGUUUGGAGUUACAACUGUUUAUUUAGUCCUUAUUCUCACAGGGGGCGGGAGCUGAGCCGCAAUCGGGGGCGGGGGGGGGGCGGGUUGCAGGCAGCGAUUUCGAAGCAAACACUUGGGAGGGGGGCCUGAGACUUUGUUUCUGGGCGCGAAGCUCCCCGGCGCCCGCGUGUGUCACCGCCAGUCUCCGGGGACCGAGGCGGAGCUCACAACAGGUGGGGAGGGGGACUAGCCGAGGGCCAAAAAGAAGAAGGAAUCAAAGUUUCCGAGAGCGGCCGUAUCUGGGGAGGAGGGGGGCGGGAGGCGGAGGCGAGGGGAGGCGGAGGCAGCGAAUGACCGCGACCCCACGGCAACUGGCAAACUCCUCCGGCUCCCGGCGCCGCCACCGCGGUCCCCACCCGAAGCGCACACCCGACCGGCUCGCCGGCUGGCUCAGCUGAAUCCUCUCUGCGGGGCAGGAAUGGAGCGCGGGGAGCCCGGGAGGAAGGCGGCGCGCAGCAGAGGAACGGAGGGCCAUCGGCCGCCGAGACAGGGCCGAAGGGUCUCGGCGACUCGCGCACGUCUCAAGACAUAUCGGGACUUGGGAAAUCCCCCCUGUUCCCCAGGCUUAAGAGGGACGUACACCCAGAAAGUGCGUGUGGUGCCGCGGAGAGGAAUCCGGGCGCGGCGACUCCCCGCAGCGCACCCUGUUCCCACUCCCACCCGCCGAGCUGGCCACGGCGGCCUCGGAUCCCUCGCGGGGAGGCUGGGUUCGCCGGGCCGAGCGCGCGAGAGGUGGUCGGAAACAAGGCAGGAGGCGGCUUGGGAAAAAGUGGAGCAGAAAUGGAAAAAUACAAACUCACCCGCUGCAAAUGGUCUCUCGGUGCAAACUAAGGUGUUUUCGGGCCUUUCCCCGCGCGCGCCCACUCCCGCCCGCGCGCGCACCCCCGCGCACACACGCGCGCACACACACGCACUCCCGGGCGAGGGCCGGGACUCCGCGAGUACAGCAUGCAACCGCCACACAAUAAAUAACAAUAGAUUCCUCCGCUCCGGACUAGCUUCCCGGAGCCCAGCCAGCGGCGGCGGCGGCGGCGGCAGAGGCGCGGACGACGUCGGGCCGGGGGCGCUACCCCGCCCGCCCCCUGGGCUGCGGCUGGGGCCCCUUCUCCAUCUUACGCACCCCCAGGCCACCACCGGAGCGCGAGCCGGCUCGCCCCCCUUUCUCCGAGCCACUCGGGCGCUGGCACCCACCCCCCUCCCCCGGAGAGUGUAA